AUGUUGGGCCUCAAAGCACGCAUGGCCAUCAUUGACAACUCCGGUGGGCUCAUCGCAGAGUGUGUCAAUGUGUUGAGAAACAAGACAACGCAAGGUCUCGGUCGAGUCGGCGACGAGAUUGUAGUCGUCGUACAAAAGGCUCGUCCAAUCUCUAAUGUUCCAGGUCAGGCCGGCACACAAAAGGUGCGAAGAGGUGACGUUCGACAUGCCGUUAUCGUUCGAACGAAAAAGGAGAUGACCAGGCCAGAUGGUCGUGUCAUUCGAUUUGACGACAAUGCCUGCGUCCUUCUGAACAACAAGAAGGAACCAUUGGGGACUCGCGUUAACGGCGUUGUUGCUAACGAGCUCCGUGCGGCAGGAUGGGGAAAGAUUGCGAGUUUGGCGCCCAAGGUCAUCUAA